CUCUAGCUUCCAAAGGAGAACUGCGAAGAUUAAGGACUUGUAGGGCAAGAUGUAUGAGGAACAACUGAGUCCGUUGGUUUGCUCAGCCCAGAGCAGAGGAUCUGAGGGGAGGCCUCAUGGCAGCUGCAGCUCCUCAAAGGGAGCCGAGGGGCAGCGCAGAGCUCUGCUCUCUGUGGCAGCGACAGGGCCUGAGGGGACGGCGUGGAGCUGUGUCAGGGCAGGGGCAGGUUGAGUAUAAGGAAGAUAAGGAAGAAGUCUUGCACCAGAGUUCGGCGGGCAUGGAAAAGGAUUCCCAGAGCUGUGAUCAGAGCCCCAGUCUGGUCAGAGAUCAAGGGGCUUUUGGAUGAUGCUCUCAGAAUGGAGCUUGAUUUCGGAUGGUCCUUUGUGGAGCCUCAGGAGUUGGACUCAGCGAUCCUUCUAGGUCCCAUUCAGCUCUGGAUAAUCUAUGAUCUAUAAUCUAUCAGCUCUCAUAUAAUCUAUGAUUAGAAUCUAUGAUUCUAAUGAGCACAAUAAUUGUUACUAAAGUGUUAGACUCUUCAACAUUAAAAUGGCAAAAGUCAGCUACUUCUUCUAUCUUGCCCAUUUUAAUUCCCCAGAAAUCAUUAUCUUCUAUUCAAGUCAGGCAUACAACAAGUAAAGUCUCACCAGAUCCACAGUUCAGCAGAGAAAGAACAUUCGGUGUUCCUCUAGAAGCUCUCACAAAGAAUGCAACACAGUGUGGAGUCCCCUUUCCUGUCACACAGAUGGUGGAGUAUCUAGAAGUAUUUGGUCUGCAGCGUGUCGGUAUAUUUCGAAUCAGUGGCUCAGUGAAUAAAAUCAAGGAACUGAAGCAGAAGUACAAUCGGGGAGAAGAAGUAGACCUCAUUAAUCACGGAGAUGUUGAUUCUGUGGCCAGCCUUCUGAAACUGUUUCUAAAUGAACUGCCAGUGGCUGUUCUUCCAGACGACGUCUGUGCUGGCAUGCUGAAAACUUUCCAAGGUACAGA